AUGGCCGGCGCUGCGGGGGGCUUCGUUACGCGCUCCUUCGAGUCCAUGCUCAAGGAUUGCGGGGGGAAGAAGUAUGGGGCGCUGCAGAAGGCUAUCCAGACGUUCUUAGGUUGGUUCUGACGAUCUCUUUGAUUUCUUCCUGUUUGAAUUUGGGUUUCUUUCCCAUUCGACAGGUGCCAUGGAUAUUCCUCCUUUCUGCAAUAGGAGGAUCACGGGGAAAUGUGGGCUGUUCUUCCUCCUUGCUGAAAUGGGAGGAUCACGGGGUCCACUUUGCCUGUCUUAAAGAUCAUGUGUUAAGACGAGCAUGUACCUAUUGCCAUCAGACUAGAUUGAUAAGCGAUGCUGGGGUAUUUCUUUAUUUCUGACAAUCGUACUCUAAGCGGACAAACCAUCAGACUAGAAAUUUGGCAAAAAGUCUCGUUGCAAUUUUCCUAAUGGCUUUCCUCUUGAUUGAUAAGGGAUCUAAUCUCACUCCGCUCUAAUUCUAUGAAAAACUAGAUAAUUUCUUUCUCGAGUUUGGUAGGUACACAAUACCCAGGCAUUGGUUGUUUUAUCGUAACGUCAUCUGCUCUAUGGUAUCAGGAGUGAAAAGUAAUUGGAAAAAACUAGAGGACGAGAACUCUUGCUAUCACUCAGUUUGUUGUCCAUCUCAUCCUUUUUUCAUUUGUGACGUCUAAAUAACUUAUAUAUUAUUUUCAACUCUUUUCUUUGAGUAAAGGAUAUGUUCUACUGACCAAUGCUGACUUCAAUGGAUCAGCGAUAAGUUGUAGCUGAGACUCCUUGUAAUAAUCCUUAGAGGACGUUGAUAUCUGGAUAAUAUAUCAUCUACGUUGCGGCUAAUACAUAAGGUUAUGGUAUUUUUCCAGCGUGGAUAAAUAUUUUGAAGCUCUUUUUGAUUGUGAUAUGAGAUGUCUCAUAUGACAUCGCAUUGUUCAAACGAGGUCAUAUAAACUAAAAAGAUUCCAUGCUGGAAAAUCUUCCUUCCCCCCGUUUUCUCCCUUGCUCUAGUUUGGUGUAUAUCAUUUAACCAUAAAUUUUUACCCGCUUUGGAGAAAAAAUAGACAGUUGUAGCAAAAAACUGCUAUAAGACUGGAGUCGCUCAUGAAAAGGAUUAGGUUCUUCACCUCUGGAAAAAUGAAUUUGUUUGGAAAACUUGCUGACACAAAAACGACGAAAUAUCAGUUAUAAAACCAGAAAGAAACAAUUUUUCUAUCUGUUGGCACAAUUGAAACUUUUCUGAAGCAUGAAGACUAUUGCACAAAGACUAAUGAGAAAAGGUAUGUGCGAGAUUCAGGUCUGGCAUACUUAGAAGGUAUCCUUGUUUGAUUCGAAAUAAGUAAAUGUACCUUGGCAUUGGCUAAUAUAUAAGUCAUAUAGUUUAGAUCUGAAUUAUUUCAUGCUUGAAGAAACGCGAUCUUAGCUGAUUGUGUCCAGGAAAAACUUAAAUAAAACAAAGAUGCAUAAUUCAGUUGAAAUCAUCUGAGAUUUGCUGUUCCUACUGAUUCUGGAUUUCAAUGCUAUCAUGAGCUGGUGAAUUCUGAUAUGAUAGCUGGUUUAACAGCCUUGGUUGGUGACCACAGUAGCAUGAGUAUGGAAUUUUUCCAACUUGACUUCUUAAAGUGGUUUUUGUUAACAGCACGUCACAAGUGUCAUUGAUGACAUAUAUCCUGUGAUGGUUUUUUUUUUUUUUGUUCCUUGUGAUUAAUUCUGUUUGGGAUUUGAUAGUUGGAAAUGACCCCAGCAUGUACCUAUUUCCAUUCUCUUAUUUUCUUAACUUUUAUAUGCCUUAUACUGUACUGUAGACCGUUUUUCUGUUUUCAGUAGUGGGUUUUUAACAGCAAACUCUUUUUGGCUGACUGCCAUAGAGCUCGUGGAGAUUUCCUGCUUAAUCUUCAUCUUGAUCUUAUAGGCUCAAAGUUAUCCACGAAUAAUUGACUGGCCGAAUCUCAUCUGAAUAUAAUCAAACUGCAGAAUUUGUGGUCCAAGGUUAAAAUAUCAUCCGUAUUUCAUAUUUUUUAAAUUAAUACAUAAUUCCUGAGAUAGGAAGAGCCAGGAUGAGUACUAGUAUAUUUACAUGAAAACUAUUGGAUCAACUUGUAGCACUCCAUGAUAAAGCUAUGUGAGUUGUCUUCAUUUCAAUCUUCUACUGAUAAAUAAUAGAGGUUAAAAAAGGCACUCAAUGGAGUUUUUUGAGUUAUUGUCCAAUUAAGUUUUGUAAUGGAUGGUAAUUAACUGACAGGCUUUAUUUUGCAUUCAGUUUUACAAGAAUCCAGAUUUGGAGUUAUGUCGAAAUUGGAGUUUUCUUCUGGAUAGCACAUUAUUCAAUGCAUGCAACUGUAAUGAAAUUUAUAAUUUUUAUCCCAAUUCUAGUUCGAGUCCAUUCAGUAACAUUUCUCUGUAAGAGGCCUCGUUUAAAGUAUUAACUGAGAUAAAAUUUUGAUCCACUACCUUAAUGGUGACGGUUUUACUUUGAUCUCAUUUUCUACUUUUCCUUCUUGUUGGGCGUGGGUGUUUGGUUUGGGCUUGCCAUUUGAAAUUAAAUUGGCAAGAAUUAAUUUUGUUGCAUAGUGAUAAAAUCUUGUAAGUAUCAUCUUGAAUUUUUGCACAAAGGGCAUCAACAAAAACUUAUAUUAGUUUUAGCAUCCAGAUGUUUAGACUUGUCAUGAUUGCGGUAUCUGUGAUAAUUAUUUUCAGUCCUCCCAGUCUGGAACAGUAGAGUUGUAUCCAUUCUGGAUGAAUCAUUUAAUCCCAUCUACGAAAACUACUGGAAAUAUUUCUAUUUUCCUGUUAGAUUUCAUUCUUUCAGAGGACAAAUAUGAAUCUUAGACUGUGUUCGAUGAACACAUUCAAAGGGCUACAAAACCUGCGUCCUUCUUGUUCUUGAAUUGUUUUUUCUUUCUGCGUGGGCAUGUAGCUCAGAGGAUUAGAGCAUGUUGCUAUGAAACACUGUCGGGGAUUGGAACCCCUCCUCACUCACGUUUGGCACAAAAUAAGAAACUGUCUCUUCAACACAUUAAUGGUUGUGAGGUUACGUUUUCAUCAUCUUAGGUAAAAUCAAGUUUAUUACGUAGACAUUCAUAAACCGCUCUAGUGUAAUAUUUCGUGGGUAAUCCCAGUUUUAAUUUAAUGGUUCAUCCCACUCUUCUUCACUGUCUUAGCAAAUGGCAUAAUCUUAUGAAGUAGCUAGAGAGGCAAGUAGAACCAUCUUUCCAAUGUAUAAAAACAUCCUGCUUUUUGACUUGCUAAAUUUCCCUGAAACCAUCGGUUAACAUGUCACAUUGCUAAGCUCAGAUAGUUUUUAUGAAAAGUGGUCGCUAUCCGGAUAACUGCCCACCCAAUCUCCACAUGCUAUGUUUACCAAGGAUUUCUUUAUAGCAUUAAUUUGUCAUCUCUCUGUGAAUAUCCUGGGGAAUUUAGGAGAGACUUUCGGGUUUUUUGGAGAGACUUUCUGAUAAAAAAUGGAGACUCUAAAAUUGGUACAAAAUUAGUGAAUUUGAACUAGAAGGGUGGGAAUUAAGAUCAUUGAUAUUAGGAGGGGAGAUCAUUGCAUAGGUUCCAGCAGUUAUUUAUUUAUGAGUUCCCAAUAUUCCUUAAAUUGUAAAAAUCGAAAUUGGAAAAUUUUCCUCUUGGAAACAAGUUUCUGUUUAGUAAAAGUGAGUGUGCUUGUUGGCAUUGGAUAAAGCAUAUGCAAAGAUAGGACCAAGAAAGACCAAAGGAAAUAUAUUAGGAUUGAAAACUGUGGUUAAAAGAUUAUGGAGUCCUUGAGGGGCAUGCACUGUGGGCCAUGACUGUGAGAAGCAACUACUGCAAAAAAUGUGCUUGACGAGGUAUUUGUUCGUAUGCUAUCCCCAUAGUCUUGGUUGUGUGAAGGGGCAUCUUGAAGCCAAUAAAUUUGUUGUUCUACUUUAUUUCUGAUUGGAAAUGCCAAGUCAAUCAUGACUUUUGAGAAUUGGAGGGAAGAGAGAUUAAAAAUUUCUUCCUGAAGGAUGGGCAAAGAGGGAGCCUAUGAAACCUGGGUAAAAAUCAAUUUACUUGGACUGCUGGGGGAACUAACCAAAAAUAAACAAUGGAUGAAUGCCAUUAUUGUCGUCCCCUUAGGAUGGAACUGCUCGUAAUUCUCUUGAAAUUGGUUGCGCUGACCUUGAUUAUGAAGGCUCAUUGCCAGACAACCCAUGCACCUGGUUAAUGAAUAAGUGCUUCAUUGUGAGUAUCACUUUUCUCCUUAUCCUUAUUUCAAGUCUCCUCAAUACUUUUUCAGGCACUCAAGAGCAGAGUAUGGUUCGCUCUCUUUUUCCGUUUCUAACUUGUUGUGUGAGUAUCUGGCUUUAAUCGUAGUUAAGUCAAACUCAGUGGAAUAGGCUACCUUGCUCAUCUUUUCUAAGAACAGGAGAAAUUCAUUCUUCCGGGAUUCACUCUUUCAUGCUGGCAUGUCGUAAUCAGCCAAAUAUUGUCUUUUUUCUAAUGAUACAUUCAUCUUUUGUUUUUCUUUGACCACACCAUUCGCUGACAUCAUUUUUCUCCUGAUACAUUAAUGACAGUAAAUAUCGUUCUCUUUACCAUGUCCCUACAUCACCAGCAUAAGCUUUUGUCUCAUGCAUUUUUUUUUCCCUAGAUGACUUUAUUGUUGUUGUUGUUGUUUUAUUCUUUCAUAUGCAGAUUCUACAAAGGUGACCGACGAACAGCCUCUUUCUGGCGAGAAUCUAGAUGCAGGAGUCACGCCUGCUGAUGAGAGGUUUCCAUGCGUCCUACCAUAGUUACCAUAGCUGUCUUUUCCUCAAGACAUAUUUACUAUCGGUUGUCCAGAACUAUUUUUUGAUCAAGAUAUUGCUCGAAAUGGUCCCAAGUUUCUCUCUCUCUCUCUCUCUCUUCCUCUCUUUUUUCUAAAUGUGAAUUUUAUUAGGAUAAGAUGAGUACAUACGAUUUUGUGAGAAAGUAUGAUAGUAGAUCUUGCUCACAUUUCUGCUCAAGUCAAAGGUUUGAUUUGAUGUGCAGACAUCUAUUUAUACAUAUUCCGUCACAACUUCCCUCAGUGGCUUAUUUAUGAUAAAAAAUGAAGUUGAAGUCAUACUUUCUGAGAGUUGGAGUUAGAUACCAAAGAAACGUGGAAGACCUCGACUCCACUGUAUCUCUGUUGCGUUCUGAUCCAUCAGUCCCUCAUUAUCACUCUAUGCUUGAACCUAAGUUAAAUCUUUGACUAAGUACUGGUACAUUUAUAUAUUUUCUCUAUUUAUCAUGGAUGGAAAUUUAAAAGAGCUUCUUAUUUUUUCAUUUCCAGCAGCCUGCAUCCUCAAGGCACUAAUAGUGCUGGUGGGGCUGAUGUAUCAAAUGAGGGAACUAAUCCAGAUGACUUAAAGCCUGUUUCAACUGGUGAUGAAAAGGCUGAUUAUAGCACUAAUUCUGUGAGAAACAGUGAGGCUAUCACAACGGUAUUGGCUUCUGCCGGACAUGCAUUGGAAGGGGUUCAAGCCGAGCUUGUGUUCCAUCCACUGCGGCUUGCUUUUGAGACGAAGAACAUCAAGCUUGUAGAGUCUGCGUUGGAUUGCCUUCAUGUAUGGUUUCUUCUCAAGCAAACAGUUAUUUUAUUUGAAUAUUUCUGUAGUAUAGCGGUGCAUUCAAUUAGUGACUUUGAUGAAUUUGAUUCUUUAUUGUUUUUCUUAUACUUAGAGAUUAUCACAUUAUUUAUAAAUUUAUUUGUUGUGUGAAACAACAUGAUUAUGAAAUUAUCUUCACUUGUUAUUUGGGCUCAACAACUCUUUCAAACAUUGAUGUCACAUGAGCAAUGCUUCUCGCAUUGAGAUUGGAACAGUGAGUUAUUAACUGUCCUACGCUUUAACAAUUUGUGACGCCUUAUGUCCUGAAUAAUUGAAAAUGUACUAUGAGGUGAAUAGUGUACUGUACCGUAUUUAUAUCUGAGUUUUAGGAUUACUUUUUCCUCUAUCUGAUUAUAUACAUAAUCUCGGGUAUACUCUGUGAUUUCGCUUCGUGAAAGGUUGCAAACCCAAACAUGGGGAUCAAAAUUCUCUUUGUAGUUACGGUUUUGGGUUAGGAGAUCUGCUAUUGGCAAACCUCUAGUGCAUUAAUUGGCUGACUUCACUUGACAUUUGGCUGCGAUUACCCUAUAAAAAAUAAAGGUAUUGUCUAGUAGAAUUGUCCGUUCUGGUCAUCUUGGCCCUGAUAUUGGACCCUUGGACGUGAUUGCAACGUUUGGUAGUGUAUUGGCUGGGUUUGACUCAUUCGAAUUCUGAUCUUGAUUUAAUGGUCCUUAGUUACACGAUUCGAAAUUGCUGUACUUGUCAUGGAUGAUAUCAGCCUGAAUUUGAGCAUGGAUAAAACAUAGAGUUCGGUUUUUUCUUUUGUCUUUUCUGUGGUGUCUGUUUCACUGCAAUGGUGAAGGGCGAAAAUUGGGGCUGCUUUAUCUUUAUGUCUAAUUCUCUUUCUGUCCUCUGAUCCAAUGGAUUCUUUUGUAAGAUAUUAUAAAAUUAUUACAGUUGAAGAGCAAAAACUCUCUGGGCUCUGGUUCGCAUUAAUUUUUAUUUCUGCUAUAAACCAUUACUUUCUGACGUGAUAUUUCACUCAGAAACUCAUUGCAUAUGAUCACCUGGAGGGUGAUCCUGGACUGGAGGGUGGUAAAAAUUCUCAAUUGUUCACGGAUAUUCUCAACAUGAUCUGUAAUUCUGUUGAUAAUUCUUCUCCAGACAGGUAGGAAAUUUAUUUUUCGUUUAUUUUGUGGGGAUUAUAUGUAUGCAUAUAUAUUGCUGACAAUUAGGAGUACCUUCAGUACUAUUUUGCAGGUUUUGAAGGUGCUUCUUACUGCAGUGGCAUCUGCAAAGUUCAGAGGUAUACUUGGAAUAUUUUUUUUUGGCACAGAGUUGGCUGUCUGUGACUAGGAAGUUAUUAUUCAUGUAUUUUAGAAUUCUUGCUACCAGCAUAGGUUUUUCUUGAGGGGCCUAAAUUGUGUUUAUUCAAAAUUGAAGAAGCAACACUAUUCUCCUUUUCCCUUUGUCUUUCUCGUCCUAUGUAGAGAGGUGUAUACCAUCCUACUACAGGUUGAAUUGAUAAUUUAAAGGGAUGGGAUCACUGUUUCUGUUCGAAGGCUAAAAGUUCACUACUAAUAACACAAAAGGUUUAUUUACAGUUGUUGGUACCAAGAAAGUUCUGGAAGACAGAAAGGAAAAUAAAGGUUGAUGAAAGCAAUUUAGUAUGUAGCCAAAUUCUGAUCUGGCAAUAUUAGUAAUGUGUUCUCUCACAACACUGCUAAAACUUGAACCCGAGGUUCAGCAUAAGACUUGAGCCCUUGUUGUCUUGACAGCUGGUUUUUUUGUCUGGCUCACUUGAUCUGUAAGAAAUGGCCCUGUUGAUGAAAUGUUGUGAGAUGCCUUCCUUGCUGUCCAGUUCCUUUUCGUGCUUCUGAAAUUAUUUCCUCAUGUAUAAAUUUUGCACGUUUGACAAUGCCUGUGAUUCAUAUUGACAGGAAACUUUUGACCGCUGAUCAGAACUUUAAUUUUUCUUGCCUUAAUUUCAAUGUUGGUGAUUAUAGAUCUCUUAAUAUAGGUAGGGAUGUUACCCAUUCCGUGCCUUUCAUAUUUUGACAGCAAUUGAAAUUUUAUGCCGAGCAUGGUUCUGUUGGAAUUUUGGAUGUUUCUUAUUUCUUCCUUUUUGGGUCAAGUAAAGGUGCCUAUGAUUGGUUGAUUCCCAAAUUUAGGGUUUAUGACUUGUUCUAGUUUGGUGAAAUUAAACUACAUAUAUGACUUGAAUCAUUGUGUUGCUAUUAUGAAAAUCUUAUUUCUAAUAUAGUUCAUGGAGAGCCUUUGCUCGGAGUCUUAAGGAUAUGCUAUAAUAUCGCCCUUAACAGGUAUCUCUCUCUCUCUCUCUCUCUCUCUCUCUCUCUCUCUCUCUCUCUCUCUCUCUCUUUUCUUCUUAUUUUUAAGUUAGGCUUGGAAAAUUUCUCGUGACAUUUGAUUUGGUGGUUGCAGUAAGAACCACGUAAAUCAAGCAACUUCAAGGGCAAUGUUGACGCAAAUGAUCAGCAUAGUUUUCAGGAGAAUGGAAUCUGAUCAGGUAAAGCACACAUAUUAUGUGGAAGGUUUUUCCUUCAAGUAAGAGAUGAACGAUUUGUAACUCUUCAAUUUUGAGACGAUUGAUGUCUGGUGUUUAGGCUCCAGAUAUAUCUCCUGGAUCUACACAGGUGGAUUCUAAUUCAAGUAGUUCCACAAAAGCAGAUGAUGGUGAAAUUUCAAUAGAUGUCCAAGAAGAGAAAAAAAUCACUCUUGGAGAUGCACUAUCCAUGAAUCAGGGAAAUGAUGCGUCACUAGCAUCUGUUGAAGAACUUCAAACUCUUGCUGGUGGUGCUGAUAUUAAGGUGGUUGCUUUUGAUUAAUAUUGGCAAUUAAUGUCACAUCCAAUGGUCUCAACAUGUUUCAGAUCCGAUGCUAAAUUUUCUUCUUUUUUUUAGGGAUUGGAGGCUGUUCUGGAUAAGGCUGUAAAUCUUGAGGAUGGGAAAAAGAUAGUCCGGUAUUGAAAAAAUGCUGAAUAAAUGUUGUUUCAAAUCAAUAUCCUAUCCUGGAUGCAUGAUCUCUAAUGUCCAUGGUAAUUUGGAGAUUUAAUAGUUGACUUUUCUCUCAGGGGAAUUGAUCUUGAGGGCAUGAGUGUAGCGCAACGUGAUGCUCUACUUCUAUUUCGAACCCUUUGCAAGGUAACUUCCUUCUCAUCAUGGAUUGCCACCAUGUUAUGGUCUUUAGGCAGUAACAGUUGUGUACAUGUUUAUAGAUGGGAAUGAAGGAGGAGACUGAUGAAGUUACCACAAAGACUAGACUUCUGUCACUCGAGCUUCUUCAGGUUCACUUGACAUUCUUCCAUUUAUUCUGCUUCUUUCAGCAGAGAAGAUAAGAUCGCUUUUGUAUGUUUCGAGAUGAUGGUAGCAUUCAGAUUUCAUGAAUGAUUUGUUCAAGUUAAUAUGUUUGCUUGUUCCAUGUUAAUGCCUUUAUCCUAGGCAUGCAUCUUUAGUGACUCACAUAUCGUAUGACAUUUCGUAAAAUUUCACUAUGCAGGGUUUAUUGGAAGGAGUUAGCCACUCAUUUACAAAGAACUUUCACUUUAUUGAUUCUGUAAAAGCGUAUUUAUCAUAUGCUCUACUGCGAGCUUCAGUUUCCCCUUCCCCGGCCGUAUUUCAGGUCAUCAUAUGUACUUCCUUUUUAUGUUGUAAUUAGACAACUGGUUAUGAUUUUCCUUUUCAAUUUUCGAGGUUUAGUGAGUAUCUUAUAAGUAUUCAUUUGGUGCUUCCUAUGUUGCUUCCUCAUCUGACAGAGUGGAACGGCGAUUUUUGCUGUUUUGUUGAUGCGGUUUAGGGAAAGUCUCAAGGUUUGUGCCUUGUGAAUCCUGAGUACUCCCAGAGAAUGUUAAAUUGUACAGCUCCAUGUGGAUAGCCAUCUGUCACUGAUGUUAUAAUUUAUUUUCAGGGAGAAAUUGGAGUCUUCUUUCCCUUGAUAAUUCUGAGAUUCUUGGACAGCACUGAUAGCCCUCUUAAUCAGCGUACGAGUGUUCUUCGGUAAUCCAAUCCUUGACCUCGUCCAUCUUAUGGUUGAAUUUUCUGUCUUUUCUGAUAAUCUCAAGGUUCUUAUUUAUUUCAACUGAAUAUUUUUCUAUUUAAUUUUUUUCUUGCAGGAUGCUUGAAAAAGUGUGCAAGGAGCCUCAGAUGCUUUCUGAUAUAUUUCUCAAUUAUGAUUGCGAUCUCCACUCUCCAAAUCUAUUUGAACGCAUGGUAACCUUUCAAAUGAUCAUUGCUUUAUUUUGUAGUUUUGCCGCUUCUAUGCUUUGAUUACGUCUACUAUAUAUCCAUUUUGAUUUCCCAAAAAAGGUUAAUGCUCUUUCAAGAAUAGCACAAGGGACCCUACAUUCAGAUCCAAGUACCGUUUCUGGAUCACAAACAGCAUCUGUUAAAGCUUCAUCUCUCCAGGUAUUUUUACAUGAACAUUCCACGAAAAAUUGUAUGGUAACUAUUUCAGGGUAUUUUGUUCCUUUUAUGAUUUAUAUUGUUUUCUGAUAUAGUCAUUAUAUUUAUCUCGUAGUGCCUUGUCAAUGUGCUAAAAUCACUUGUUGACUGGGAGAAAAUGCACAGAGAAUCUGAAAAGUUUGGUAGCAGAACAGCUGAGUCACUUGAAGAGGUGUCAACUGGGGAUCCCGGUUAUGUUAACGGAUCAAAAAGAGAAGAUGGUCCUGGGCAGUUUGAGAAGGUGAAAGCCCAUAAAUCAACAAUGGAGAUGGCUAUCGCUGAGGUCUGAAGGAUUUCAGUUGUUACACUGUUUUAAUUGUUGAUACCAUAGCUAUAUGACUGGAUAUAAGUUUUUCUGAUUUACUUGAAAUUCUUCUCGGUAGUAAAAAAAAAGUUCGUUGAUGUCCUGAGUUCAGUUUUCAUUAUCAGCUAGCUAUUCCUAGAUCACAUGUCCUUUUUGUCCUGCAGUUCAAUCGGAAACCAGGAAAGGGCAUAGAGUUCUUGUUAUCAAAUAAACUAGUGGAGAACACUGCUGUCUCAGUUGCCCAAUUCAUCAGAAGCACUCCCAACUUAGAUAAGGUAGCCCUUUGUGGCAUAUACUACUUUGUGCCCUUCUUUGAAGAAAAACAGAGAUUAACCUUAUCAUAAUUUGCAGACAAUGAUUGGGGAAUACUUGGGCCAGCAUGAAGAGUUUCCAAUAGCUGUAAUGCACGCUUAUGUCGAGUCCAUGAAGUUUUCUGGAUUAAAGUUUGUUUCUGCAAUUCGUGAAUUCCUGAGGGGGUUCCGACUUCCAGGAGAAGCUCAGAAAAUUGAUCGCAUCAUGGAAAAGUUUGCUGAACGGUACUAGUUUAUUUUAUGAACUCACUAUAUAUCAUUGUGCAUUACAUUUUUUUAUCAAUGUUCUCUUUUUUCGUGAUAUAUCAUUCCAAUUUUUUUGUUACUUGACAACUACGCCAUGUGAUUAUUCAUUAGGCUAGUUCCAUUUCUUUAGAGUAAUGGUCUUGUUAAGGACUGUUGAAUUUUUUGCAGUUAUUGUGGCGACAAUCCGGAACUUUUCAAGAAUGCAGACACUGCAUAUGUUCUGGCAUAUGCUGUUAUAAUGUUGAAUACUGAUGCACAUAAUCCGAUGGUUUCGUCCAAAAUGUCAAAGUCUGAUUUUGUACGUAUGAACUCUGGAAGUGACGCUGAAGAGGGUGCCCCAAAGGAACUCUUAGAGGAAAUUUAUGAUUCUAUUGUCCAUGAGGAAAUAAAAAUCAAGGAUGAUGAAUCUAGUUCAGUCAGAAGCAGCAGACAGAGGCCUGAAACGGAAGAGAGAGGACGUCUUGUCAGUAUUCUAAAUUUGGCUCUCCCUAGAAGAAAAUCUGCAACUGACACGAAGGCAGAGAGCGAGAGAAUCAUCAAACAAACACAAGCACUUUUCAAAAGCAAAGGUGCAAAAGGAGGUGUCUUCCAUACAGCUCAGCAGGUUGAACUUGUGAGGCCUAUGCUUGAAGCUGUAGGUUGGCCUUUGCUUGCUGCAUUUUCUGUGAUUAUGGAGGAAGGUGAUAAUAAGCCAAGGGUACUUCUUUGUAUGGAGGGAUUCAAGUGUAUAAUUCAUAUCACUCGUGUCCUAGGAAUGGAUACAAUGCGUUAUGCUUUUCUAACUUCAUUAGUGCGGUAAUUCUCUUCAGUUUUUUUUAUUUAAUCAAUUUUCUGCGAGUUUAUGCUGACUACUGCGAUUGGAUAAACGAAAUUUAUUUCUACAUGACCAAUCUGAAUUAUUUGCAGAUUUACAUUUUUGCAUGCUCCAAAGGAAUUGCAUAGUAAAAAUGUUGAGGCCCUGCGGACACUUCUAUUAUUGUGUGAGAUUGAGACAGAUUCCUUACAGGACACAUGGAAUGCUGUCCUUGAAUGUGUUUCCAGACUUGAAUUUAUCAUUUCCACCCCAGCCAUUUCAACUACUGUAAUGCAUGGCUCAAAUCAAAUAUCAAGAGACUCUGUUCUUCAAUCCUUAAGGGAGUUAGCUGCGAAACCCACUGAGCAAGUAUUUGUAAACAGUGUGAAAUUGCCAAGUGAUUCAAUUGUUGAAUUCUUUACUGCGUUGUGUGGUGUUUCUGCGGAAGAACUGAAACAGACACCUGCUCGAGUUUUCAGCUUGCAGAAACUUGUUGAGAUCAGCUACUAUAAUAUGGCUCGCAUUCGUCUGGUAAAUUCAUUUUCUUUCCUAGACUUGUAUCCUUCAUAUGUGCUCGAGAGCUCUGCUCCUUCCAACAAAAUUUUGUGUGCUUUCAUUCUCUCUUCUCUUAUUUCGAACUUUCCUGUGUGCCAUUGGAAGUGAUCAUUUAGCUCUCUUGUUUUGGUUCCUGCACAGAAUAAAUCAUCCAUCAAACACUGUACAUAAUUUACUGGUUAACUGAUGCCUUGAUCUUAUCACUCUGUCUAAAAUCAUAACAUACGCUUACUCAUUUUAGGUUUGGGCAAGAAUAUGGUCUGUUCUGGCUCACCAUUUCAUUAUUGCUGGAAGUCACCGGGAGGAAAAGGUGGCCAUGUAUGCUAUUGACUCACUUAGACAGCUUGGCAUGAAGUACUUGGAGCGUGCAGAGCUCAAUAAUUUUACAUUCCAGAAUGACAUCUUAAAACCCUUUGUUGUUCUGAUGCGGAACAGUCAAAAUGAAAGGAUACGUGGUCUGAUAGUUGACUGCAUUGUGCAGGUAUAUAUAUCAUGCUUAAGUAAUUUUUCUCUAGACUAGGAUUCUUUUACUCGUUAUACAUUUUAAGUAUUUUAACCUGGUAAGUGAGAAAUUAAUCAAAUUUAUGGAAUGCAGAUGAUAAAAUCAAAAGUUGGAAGCAUCAAAUCAGGUUGGCGAAGUGUAUUUAUGAUCUUCACGGCUGCCGCCGAUGAUAACAUUGAAUCAAUUGUGGACAGUGCAUUUGAAAAUGUUGAACAAGGUUGGUUAUUUAGAUAUCCAUAUGGUCUGUCUUUCCAACAGUUUUUUUUUUGUUUAUUGUGACUUACUUGCUGCAAUUCGCAGUUAUCCUUGAGCACUUUGAUCAGGUUGUUUGUGAUUGCUUCAUGGAUUGUGUCAACUGCCUAAUUGGUUUUGCCAAUAAUAAAUGCUCUUCUCGAAUUAGUUUGAAAGCAAUUGCACUCCUCCGCAUUUGUGAAGAUCGUCUAGCAGAGGUUUGCACCACAAUCCAGUAUUUUUUUUUUAUCAUAAGAGUUCUUCUUAAGUUUUUGAGUGCCUCGUCCUUUUGUCUAUUUGUGGUGAUUGGGUUGAACAUUUCAAUGUCCUUGAAAAUUUACAUAAUCUUUCUUUCAUGGUGAUCAAAUGAGUAAAAGAGUCUCUUAUCAAGAGACUUUUUUUUCAACAUAUAAUUCUUCCUUGACAAAUCAUUGGAAAUAGUGUCGUAAUAUUGAAUCCAAAAUUUGGGUUGCUGCAGAUAUAUUUCAGCAUACUAGGCUCAUUUUUAUAUAUUAUUUUAAAAUGAAUUAUAAUACCAUUGAAAAAGGGUCAUUUCAGAACAUAGAAUAAAAAGUAUGAAUAGCGAGAUACUGUUUCCUCCAGGACAUUAUCCCUUUUAACUGGAGCUAGGACAAUGUCUCACAUUGAUUGACUGAACAUAAAAUUUGUUCGGUAACCAUGAUCAACGCGAAAAAUGGGAUCAUUGGUGCUCUGGCUUGGCGAAAAGCUGGAAACGUGUUUAGAUUGAAGAACAUCUAUCUGGCUCACGCGAGUCAUAUGAAUUAGUUUGUUAUUUCAAGAGAUUAGUAGAAAAUAAAGAUGCAUCUAUGCUAAUUUUAUUUAAGUAAAGAACAUUCAGGUAGGAAAACAUCAAAAUUUCGUUUAGCAUAAAUUUUAUCUUAUAAGAUCGUUAUUCAAUUUUAGAGUUAUAAUGAAAUAUUUGGUUAAGUUAUCCUUUGAUCAAUUUUUCUUGAAUAUCAGUCAAUGCUGAUAGAGUUCGUGCUAAUUUAUGUGCCUAUUCCACUGUCUUGUGCAUCCCUCUUUCCAGGAGCGCAUCUUUUCUUGCUUAGUUCUCGUGUAACUCCUAGGAAGAUUCGUUGUUUGUUUUAUUUUAUGUAUAUAAUGAGUCAAUUUCCCAUUCUACGAUCUGUUGUCAUGUUUCAUUUUCUUUUCCAAAAUGAUAAUGAGUCACCUGGUUGCAGUUAUGGUUGAAAGUAGGCUUUAAUUGAUUGCUCCAUUGAGUUCCUAUUUGAAUUUUGCAUUUUUCAUUUACUGUAGUUCUUAUCAAAAUCAUUUUAUUUUCUUCCAACUGUUGCCUCGAAAACUUGUUUGACCGGUCUUGAUUUGCAUUUUAAAAUGCUGACUAAUGCUUAUUACAACUUUUCAUUGUUGUAUACAGGGCCUUAUACCGGACAGUGCUUUGAAACACGUUGAUUCUGGACUAGACAGCAAUUUUGACGUGACAGAGCACUACUGGUUUCCAAUGUUAGCAGGUCUGUCUGAUUUAACAUUGGACUUCAGAGCGGAGGUCAGAAACUGUGCACUUGAGGUACUAUUCGAUCUGCUGAAUGAGAGAGGUCAUAAGUUCUCAUCAGCAUUUUGGGAAAGCAUCUUUCAUCGAGUUCUUUUCCCAAUUUUUGAUCAUGUGAGACAUACUGGAAGAGAUGGACUACUUUCACCUGGAGAUGAUUGGCUUCGUGAAACUAGCAUUCAUUCACUUCAGUUAUUGUGCAACCUUUUCAAUAUUUUCUACAAGGUAUUUUGAUGUGUUCUUCUGUCCUGGUUUUUUUAUUUCCUAGCAGUCUCAAAUAUAUUCUUCUUGGAGCAUUUUAUUUACCCUCGUGUGUGGGAUCAUACGGCAGCCUAGAUGCCAGCAGUAUUCAUGCUGUCUGCAAGUGGAAAAAAUGGGUCACUGUGGAGAUGGUCACGCUAGGGGGAUUCGUGUAGUUGACACUUGUUUCCUAAAAGUGAGAGAUUGUAUCUGAGAAGAUAAAAGUUGUAUAGCCAUGGUGAAAUAGUGAUGAAGUCAAUUUCUAGUGUUCGCAGGGGAUAAUGUGAUGUAGGUCACCAGAAAUGAUAAAAGGUUGGAAAAGUCACUCGAAAGGAUAUGCCUAUUUACCAGAAAGUGGUUUUUUGCAUUAGAUGUUUUGAAAUGAUUGCCUACUGGAAGAAGCUCAUUACCAUAGGCGCAGGUGGCAUUAUUCUAUAUAAACAGCCUAUUAAUGUGUUGAGGAUUACGUUUAAGUGUGAUUUUUCAAGAGCUACUUGUCCUCAUAUAGAUAAGAGAAGCGAAAAUCUCAAAAAAUGUCUAUUUCACUGGGAAUUUUGAAAAUCAUGGUGGUUAGCAGAGAGUUAUGAGUUCAUGCCAUUCAUGGGGGGGUCGCAUGUUGAAAGACAUUGAUAAAAAAAAACGAUGGAUUCACAGAUGUCUAGUUGGCUUGAGACCACUUACCCUUGAUCUAUGUGGGCUGCUUAACCUAAAUGGCUUAUGAUUAUAAAUUAAUCCUAGUGCAUAUUAUUGAUUUGACUAAUCUGUGAGAAAAGUUUCCUGUAUGACUGGAUUCCACUAAUGGAGUGUUUCUUGAUUCCUAAAAAUGAUUGAUAGCUUUACAUCGGUCCUGGUCCUGGUGCAUUUCAAUCCCAAAAGACAUGAUCAGUAGGCCGGUAUUAUGUCAACUUAUGCACUUGCAUCAUCUAGACUGAUAUUUUUCAGAAAAGAUUGUUAAGCAUUUUCAUGCCUAUGUCGAGUGCCUGGCUUAUUUCUUUUAUCGAAGGUACAUAUUCUGUUUAAAACUUAGCUUGUCGCAUGUUGGUAACCUUGUAAAAAUAAUGAUUUUUGGGGCUUCGUCUGCGCUAAUCCUUCCACUACUCAGUGUUCCUAUGCUCUGAUAAUUUUUUACAAAAAGACUUCACCAUUUCAUUCCCUUGAGAUGUACCCCUCCACAAAAUUAAUAUUCCAACCUGACCUUUAUGAAUUCUCUGUCUGGUACAUGGAUUGAUCAUUUUCGUUCGAUUGCUUGGAAUCUUGGGGGCAUCUUUCUUCCAAAGGUGGAUUUCAACAGCGCAGGUCUGUCAAAAAUAUAAAAAGGGCGACUUUUAUUUUUCCAGACUAUGAUACGACUGUGGAAUGGAUCUCUUUUAGUACUAUCCCCUUGAAGUUCAAAAUUGAAUGGUGAUUGAAUGAGGAACAUGCUAUUUCCUGUCAUCCCCGUACCUGUUUUUUUUUUUUUUUUUGAUAUCAUUUGCUCGUCACACCAUCUCCAAGUCUCAGUAUUUCUCAAUGUAGCCUUCCAAUUACUACCGAACUUGAUGCAGUUGUGAACUUCAAACUAUUCACAAAGUUUUAACUUUAUUUUUUUGCUGUUCUUUCUGCGCAGGAAGUAUCCUUCAUGUUGCCCCCCCUUCUGAGUUUGCUUCUGGACUGUGCCAAGAAGACCGAUCAGGCUGUCGUUUCAAUCUCUCUUGGUGCAUUGGUGCAUCUUAUAGAGGUUGGAGGCCAUCAGUUCAGUGACUCAGACUGGGAUACUUUGCUGAAAAGCAUCCGGUACGGGAUUUUGUCUUCUUGAUUCGUCGACACCUUCUACAUUUCUGAAGUAUACUCAUGCUGAUAUCAAAUUUUCAGAGAUGCAUCUUUCACAACACAGCCACUUGAGUUGCUCAACUCUAUGGGAUUUAGGAACGCAACGAACCAGCUGAUUGUCACAAAGGAAGCAGAUGCUAAUGGGGAUCACGGUCUUAUCACUGACGAUGGUCAUAAUGAUAUUGGAUAUGAGAGAGAACUGGAUCAGGCAUCAUUAGGAAAUAGACAAGGCUCUUGGAAGAGCACUUCUGCUUCCGUUUCGCAGAAUGAAAAGCAAGACAUAAAGUCCCACCAGACAAUGGAAGAAUCAGAAGGUCUGCACUUAUUGCUUUGUUUUUUGUUAGAUUGCUGAGAAGAAACAGAAGAUCGUUGAUUUUAUUCAUUGAUUUUUUAUCUCAUCAAAAUGAGAAAAUUUGAGAUGUACGAGUAUGAUUGAAGAUAGUUUCUAAAGUUAGAUUCCUUCUCCUUUACCCUCUCUCCAUGAGUUUCUCUGGCUUUUCAUUUCCUCAUAUAUCCAUGCAGUUUUCAUGCGGAGUUGCUCUAUCACAUAUAUGGUUUGUCUUUUCAAGUUGACCUUCACAAGAGGCUUUUUAUGUAGGUUCACCAUCGCCCUCUGUAAGAUCACAAAAGUCCGCUGAAUCUGACUACCUUCCACGUAGUCAAACCUUUGGUCAACGGAUAAUAGGCAAUAUGAUGGACAAUCUUCUGGUUAGGAGUUUCACCUCCAAGAGCAAGAGCUCUGUUGCUGACGCUGCGCUACCAUCUUCCCCAGUAAAGGUAUACUUGAUGCUCCCCAUCUGGUCUAACUCUGCCUAAUAAUUGUUGUUAAAUGUAAUGGGCCACAUUCUUAUUGGGCUUUCUUAUCUCACGGCCUAUCUAGUGGUAAUGGGCCAAACAUGUCGAGGCCCUUUACGCCGCCUCUAGGGGUGAGGACACAAACCCUAGACCGCCGUCAUUAGUGAUAGCUCGAGAUUUCCAUCGUCUACAAUUGCUAACUAUUUUGUUGAGUCUCAGAGUGCCUCUUCGGUUCCUUUUUUAUGCAGUAGUGUUGUAUCUUCCUCACCCUUGAUGUUCGACCAAGGGAGAUACUGUUUACUGGAAACUUAUCACUGGUGUGACUGUGACCUCACUGAAUAAGCUUUCUAUUUUUGGCAGGUCGCCGAGGUGACUGAACCGAGCUCAAAUGAUGACGAGGAGAAUCCUGUUCUAGAAACAAUCAGAGGAAAAUGCAUGACUCAGUUGCUCUUGCUUGGUACCCUCGAUAGCAUUCAGGUCUGGCCACCUGGCUUUAUUUUUUAUUUUAUUUAUUUAUUUAUUUUAAUGGAUUGAAUGCCUGAUACUUUCAUGCAAUCACCGUUAACUCUGACAGAAGAAGUACUGGAUCAAGUUGAAAUCCCCGCAGAAAAUUGCUAUUAUGGAUGUCUUGCUUUCUCUCCUAGAGUUUGCCGCCACAUAUAACUCAUAUUCCAACCUCAGAGUGAGAAUGCGUCAUAUGGCCACUGGCAGGUUGGGUGUGCUCUGGCUCCGUGAUUUUUCACCAUUUCUAGUAGCAGAUUCCUCACAGUCGGUAUCCAUCCAUCCCUCUACAGGCCACCUCUGAACCUGCUACGCCAGGAGAUUGCAGGAACCUCCAUUUAUCUGGACAUCUUACAGAAGUCAACGUCGAGAAAUGAGUCAGAUGAUGAAACGGCCGGCGAUGCAUUGCCCGAUGACUUGAGCUUCUCCGAGAAGGCAACUGCGGAUGGUGAUCUUGAGAGUGUAGCAGAAGACAAGCUGGUUUCAUUCUGUGGGCAGAUAUUGAAGGAUGCUGCCGAGGUGCAGUCUAGUUCUUCGGAUGCUGCAAGUGUCGAUGUGCACCGGGCUUUGGAGCUCCGCGCUCCUGUUAUUGUUAAGGUGAAUGAUAUUUCAGCUGCCCAUUUCUUUCCGUUGACUUUCUAUUUUGAGUAAAAAUCCCCUAGGUUCGCCUCUAGGGAUACCAAACUUGGACUAUUUUUCACUCAAGCAAGUGCUGAAUCUGCUUUGAAUGAAUAAACCUUAUUAUGCUGCAGUUGACUCCUGCAUGAGGGAUAGUGGAGGGAAAAAAUAUCUAGCAGACCCUUCACGAUUUUCGUUUGUUUCCGUUGACUUCCUGCCUUUUCUAAUCUCAGUUCUACCCAGACUCCUAAAUGGGCUUCAUAUUUCUUCCAGUUACAUCAUAGUCAACCUUAUCCGCUUCUAUUCUCGUUCUUCCAGGUCCUCAAAGGGAUGUGCCUCAUGAACAGUCAGAUAUUCAGGAGGCACCUCAGGGAGUUCUAUCCUUUGAUCACUAAACUUGUCCGCUGCGACCAGGUGAUCAUCUCCACUGAGAGUUUUCCUCAUUCUCCCGGUGCUUUGACUUUCUGAGGCCGCUGACAAUGGUUCCACGGAUGCUUUCAGAUGGACGUUCGUCGAGCUCUUGGUGACCUCUUCAGCGCUCAGCUGGCCACCCUUUUGCCAUAG